UUUUCAAUGUUAACAACCAACGGAGAAACACCACACGAAGCAGUUGUGUUUUUGUCUAAGUACUCGUCCAAGCGUCCACCAGAGUUUAGAGAAAGAGUAAAGGAGGCCGAAAUGAAGAAUCAAACUCGUUACCCAUUCUUGAAACCACUAUUUGCAUCUUUUUUUCUGGUUGGUGCCAUUUCCACAGUGAAUGGUGACUACUGUGAGACCAACAUCUGCGGUAAUGGGGGGACCUGCGUGACCGGGCCCGGUGCUCCCUUCAUCUGCAUCUGCCCUGAAGGCUACACAGGGGACACCUGCAACGACACCGAGACUGGACCCUGCAAACCAAACCCCUGCAAAAACGAUGCGAUCUGUCAAGUGUCUGGCCGAGGGGACGUCUUCAGUGGAUACCUCUGCAAGUGCCAGGAUGGCUUUGAAGGGGUCCACUGCCAGAACAAUGUGAACGACUGUGCUGGCCAGCCAUGCAGGAACGGAGGCUCCUGCCGGGACCUAAACGGAGACUUCUAUUGCCGCUGUCCGUCCCCCUACGUGGGCAAGCACUGCCAACUGCGCUGUAUCUCUCUGUUGGGCAUGGAGGGCGGCGGCAUCGCAGAGUCCCAGAUCUCGGCCUCGUCGGUGCACUACGGCAUCCUGGGCCUGCAGCGCUGGGGACCCGAGCUGGCCCGCCUCCACAACAAGGGCCUGGUGAACGCCUGGACCUCGGCAUCCCACGACAGGAACCCCUGGAUUGAGGUCAACAUGCAGCGGAAGAUGCGUUUCACGGGCAUCGUGACGCAGGGCGCCAGUCGCAUGGGGUCAGCAGAGUUCAUCAAGGCCUUCAGAGUGGCGUCAAGCCUGGACGGGAAGACCUACACGGUGUAUCGCCUGGAAGGACAGAGGAAGGACAAUGUGUUUGUUGGAAAUGUGGACAACGACAACACCAAGACCAACUUGUUCGAACCCCCCAUCAUCGCCCAGUACAUCCGCAUCAUCCCCGUGAUCUGUCGCAAGGCCUGCACCCUGCGCAUGGAGUUUGUGGGCUGCGAGAUCAAUGUGUAUUCAAACACGGCAGGUUGCUCUGAACCGCUGGGCAUGAAGUCUCGCCUACUUGCCGACCGGCAAAUCUUGGCCUCCAGCGUCCACCGCACCUGGGGCAUUGAUGCGUUCACCUGGCAACCCCACUACGCCCGGCUGGACAAGCAGGGCAAGACCAACGCCUGGACGGCGGCAACCAACAACCGCUCUGAGUGGCUGCAGGUGGACCUGGAGUCCCCCAAGCGCAUCACAGGCAUCAUCACCCAGGGGGCUAAGGACUUUGGAGUGGUCCAGUUUGUCUCUGCCUUCAAGGUGGCCUACAGCAACGACGGACAGUCCUGGAGCGUAGUCAAGGACCUCAAUGUCACCUCAGACAAGAUCUUCCCGGGCAACAGCGACAACAAUGUCCACAAAAAGAACGUGUUCGAGCCGCCCUUCUACGCCCGAUUCGUUCGCAUCCUGCCGUGGGCGUGGCACGAGCGCAUCACUCUGCGAAUGGAGCUGUUGGGCUGUGAUGAGUAGGCCCCGCCCACCCCACCCCUGCCAAUUUUUGCUCCUCCCCCCGUCCUAUCCGAAACCACCUGAGCCACGCAUGCACUGCCUCGCUCACACCCGUAGAGGGCAGCAAAAUACCCUGCCACCAACACAACCCUGCCUCCCAAUUGGGAGAGGUCCAAACCUACACCUAACCACUGAUCGGGGUCCAGAUCUAGUUUCGCUCCACCUAAUGGUUGUCAGUAGUUUUGGAUUGGGUUUAUCAAAUCCCAAUGCUGUGACUUAGUUCAACUUGUACCUUUGAGUGCUCAGGCAACAAGCCGGAAGUGCAUGGAAUCUUUACCAGUCCUAGAUCAGGGCCCGUAUUCAGAGUUUCAACAUAGGCAUGCUAACAUGGGCACGGUCCCCCUCAUUUCUAAGUUAUGAUUUAAAAGGUAAAACUGAUCCUGGGUCAGCAGUGCUGCUGUGAGAAGCUUUAUGAAUACGGGCCCCGAAGAAUGAACCCAAGACCUGCAGCUGUUGACAGCACACUAUAGCCAACGAAGCCAUUGAGAUUUUUCCCAAUGGAUGAUUUCCCCCCGAUCACCCAGAGACACUGAAGUGUGGUAGUGUUAUCAAACACAUUAGUGUGUAGCGUCAUCUUCUUGCCAUUUUCUGUGACUCUGCGGUGCUUUGGAGAAAGAGUUUUUUUUGCCGAGCUUUUUGUUUGCAUUUUAUUUCAUCGGGCUGCUGAAACCGGUAAAGAUCCACUGUGUCAACAUAGACUGGAUACCUUUUAAGUGUUUAAAAAAAAA